UACAAUUGGACUUUGAGAAUGGAACAAUUAAAUGACCAGAGCUAACCUGCUGAGUGACAUGUUGAUGACAAAAGCCACCGAACACAAAUUUGUCCACAAAGAAAGUUGGAUACCCUCAGAAUAUGGCAGCAUGCAUAUGGCAAAGAAUAUUUAUAUCUAGCUUGUUCCAUACCUUCAACCACUCUAAGGUGGUGUGCAUCUCAUUCACAUUUGUUCUAAGAACUGACAAGGGCUACCCUGGCAGCUCUAUUCUGGGCAAGCUGCUGUAUUUUCAAGCACCCCUGCCCUGUCCAACGCUGGACCAAAUGACUGAGCAGUACUCCAGGUGUGACAAGACCAGGGACUGGACCACUGUUUUCAUGACCGUGGGUGGAAAGUAUGGUGCACACCAAAUCUGAAAAUGUAUCCUUCCUAAAAUAUAUAUAAUGUAUUAUGUGUACAUUAUGUAUUAUGACAUGUAUGUAUAAUGUAUGAAAUUUUGAAAAAAAAGAUCAAACCUUAACGAUCAACCAUAAUAUAAUUGUAAAUACAAUAAAUUACAAUACUAUUUAGCAUUUUACUAACUUGAUAUCACACUAUAUCAUGACACACCCUAUAAUACUUUGACAUAAUCCUUGAACAUAAUAUUUCUCUGUGGUAUAGACGGUUCAUAUGUUUUACUUGAACAAGUUCUGCAACUAUAAUUUCUAUAAAAAGUCUAUUUUAGAAAUAACUUGCACAUAACUUCCAUCAAUAUCAUGAGGAGGACAGGUUGAAUGUACGAAAAACAGCGUGCAGUGUCUUUAACUGCAUCUCCCAUAAUUCCGUGCGCGACAGCGUUCACAGAUGUGUCUGUUUGGAGUAUCUCUCCUCUAUACGCUCUUUGGUACUCUGCACGUGGGGAGUUUAGACACAUUGAUACAGCUCUAAAGGUAAGAAUAACUCUAUUAUUGUCAAAUAUGAUAUCAAAUAUAGCCGGACGCAGUUGUAUAAUCUGUACAAAUGUUACCGUGGUGUUAUCGCCGGUUAAGGAAACGUUAGAAAUGUUGUCUAGCAGCAUGCUAGCAGAGUUAGCUUAGAUAGCGUUCAGUUGACAUGGGCUAGCCUCAACUCUUAACGGCUCAUUCUAGCUUCGAGUUAUAUGGUUUGGUCCAAAAGUUGAUUUUAAUAGUGAUAAAAGUUGCUUUACAACACACGACUUAUUCUGUUCGCUUAGUUAACGAAGACGAUCAAGCGUCAUGGUAGUAGGUCCCAAGGAUAGGUCUACUCAAAUGUGUAUGUAUGUAAUGAUUUUGGCCCUGACAUGUUUUUGUAUGAUAACUUAGGUAGAUGUCUCACUGAUGUUUGUGGAUGUGAAUCUAUUAAAGGAUGUCGACUGAGGACGUGGAGCGGCUGUUGAUCCAGUUCCAGGACGAGGAUGGGGAGGUCCUGGGUUCACCUUUUGAUGUUCCUCUGGACAUCACCCCAGACAAACUACAGCUGGUCUGCAAUGCACUGCUACAGAAGGUGACAUAUAAAAAUACAGGACUCAUCUGGACUAGACUUAAAGGGAUAUUCAGGCGUAAAAUUAAUUUAGGGUCAAACACAGCACAACACUGUGUUAGACAACCCCUCGAGAGAUGAAUGUUGCUGACCGCUUGCUUCUCAAGUUAUACCAGCUUUGGUAAGGACCGCAUGAUAGCAAUAGACAGCGGUCUGAGGAGGGUCCUAACAACAGCACUAGCCAACAAACAUGUUUUUAAUUUUGCCUAAUUUCUUUAGCAAAGAGACUAAACACGACUCACCUACUCUCUUCCAGCAGCCGCUUGUUUGUAACAAGGCCAGUCCAUUUCGGACUACAGCGGGGUGACGCAGCUCAAGGAAGAACAUUUAUGAUAAUUUCUUCAUGGAAAUUCAAACAGAACAAGACAUUAAGGCAGAAGAACUACAGCAUCUGCAGUGCAAAAUUAUCAUAAAUGUUCUUCCUUGAGCUGCGUCACCCUGCUGCAGUCCAUAAUGAACUGGCCCGAGGUCUCGCUACAAACACGCGGCUGCUGAAAGGGAGUAGAUUAGUUGUGUUUAGUCUCUUUGCGAAAGAAAUCAGGCAAAGCUAAAAAGAUGUUUGGUGGCUAGUGCUGUGGCUGGGACCCUACAUGUACUGUUGAUGAAGUUAGGUGCUGUUCUGAGCAUUAUUUGUGGCUCUUUGGUUGAGGUUUGUUUAUGGCUCUUCAGAUGGCUGUGUCUUGCUAUCCUGCGGUCGUCACUAAAGUUGGUAUAACUAGAGAAGCAAGCGGUCGGCAACAUUCAUCUCUCGAGGGGGUGUCUAACUCGGUGUUAUGGUGUGUUUGACCCUAAAUUAAUUUUACACUGGAAAAUCCCUUUUAAGUCAGUGUUUAGGAGCCGUUAAGUAUUAAGUCUGUAUGUGUCAUGAGGUGUUAUGGUUGCUGUGGUAACGUAUGGGAGCUUGGGUCACGUGAGGCACGGGGUGAAUGCCAGGUAGUUAUGAAAAGAUGUGGCUUACUACAGUCAGAUGGAGAGAGGGGAGCGGGUUAGCUGUAAUUUUUGUUGACCGCUUUGCUUCGCAUCACAUCACAUCAUAUAGUAUAGCAUCACUCUGCUUUUGGUUUGCCCUUUGUUUGAUCCUGCUGUAUACCAAAAGGAGUCCUGUGUGUGUGACCGUAUUAGCAGAUGUAUCAUUAAACACAGUGAAAGUGCAUUCUUAGCCUCAUGCUUGUCUAUGGAUAUAACGAUAGCAUGUCGGACAAAUACUGGACCCACAUUUUUCCUCUCAAGCAACAAGGUCGGUCUUUGGAGUUGCUACACAGUGUUAAGUCAGGAUUUUGUGGCUCUCUAAUGGUAUAUAUUUGUAUCAGUUUGAAAUUUAAUCUCAAACAGUUAGUAUUACUUUGUUUCGCUGCAGGAGGAGCCAGUGCCACUUGCAUUCUUUGUUCGGGGAGAGGCUGAGGUUGUGUCCAGUCUGGGGUCAUGUGUGAAGGCUCUGGGAGUGGAGACAGAGCAGAUCCUGCCGGUGGUGUACCAGCCUCAGGCUGUGUUCAGGGUCCGAGCUGUUUCCCGCUGCACCAGCACACUACAAGGGCACACAGAAGCAGUCAUCUCCACUGCAUUUAGCCCCACUGGCAAGUAAGUACCCCCAGAAUGGAGACAAUACAUUUUCCCACUUUACAACAAUCAGAAAGGAAGAAACUGAGCAUUUUAAAUAUAAAAGCAAAGAUUGUAAAAGCUGUUAAUGAAUGUGUUCUUGUGUGUUUCAGAUAUCUGGCCAGUGGUUCAGGUGAUACCACAGUGCGUUUUUGGGACUUGAUGACUGAGACGCCUCACCACACCGCCAGAGGUAUAAAAUCAUGUUCGCAAAUAAACAUAAUUUACAACACAGCCAUUUCAAUAUGGCUAAUCAUUACUUUGCAUCCCACUGAACUGAACUCUUUGUUUAUUUCAGGACAUACACACUGGGUACUUAGUAUCGCUUGGUCACCUGAUGGCAAGAAACUGGCUUCAGGGUGCAAGAACAGUCAGGUUUGCUUUAAACACAUGCACACAAACCUGUCUGAUCUGCAGUUUUUAGACAAAUCCCAUGAGCAUUUUGUGUAUGAUUUUUGUGGUGUUGUGUUUGUAGAUUUGCCUGUGGGAUCCACAGACGGGUACGCAGAUUGGAAAGACUUUGACUGGGCACACCAAAUGGAUCACUUGGCUCUGCUGGGAACCUCUUCACCUGUGAGUGAUCGGUUCAGUACUUUUUUUUAACUUCUGUGAUACCUUUAUGUUCCCGCUGAACACAACAAAAGUACAUGUUAGAAAAAAACAUGAUAACUGAAUGUCUGAUUGCUGCUUUGGGGUCCUGGCAUUAUUCAUACAGGCGCAGUUUCACUCUUAAUAGAAUACAAAGGUAGUUAAAUUAUAUGAAAGACCUUAAACCGUGACAUGGAAGCUUUAUCGCGUGAUUGAUUCUGAACUGGAAACUGUAUUUUUUGAAGAAACGUCCCUCUGCUCUUCUCUUUCAUCUUUCAGUAACCCCGAGUGUCGGUACUUAGCCAGUAGCUCUAAGGACGGCUCCAUCCGAAUCUGGGACACUGUGCUAGGACGCUGUGAGAAGAUCCUGACCAGUCACACUCAGUCAGUCACUUGUGUCAAGUGGGGAGGAGACGGACUCCUCUACACAUCCUCCCAGGACCGAACAGUCAAAGUGUGGAGGGCCAAAGAUGUGAGUGUCUGUGGGGGUGGCUGAGAUCUCCAGUGAAAUGUUGAACUAUCAUAUGAGCUGAAGAGAGGGAGGUGACCUUUUACAAAGAGCUAUCCAUCCUGGCUCCUCCACCAUGCUUUCUCUUUUUGGUUACUUGUUUAGUGCAUAAUGUGGAGGCGGCUUUUCAUAUUUUGUGUUAGCUAAUACUCAAAGGAAAUACAUCAUGUGUCAACAACAGGGUGUCCAGUGCAGGACUCUCCAGGGGCAUGCUCACUGGGUGAACACCCUGGCUCUCAGCACAGACUAUGUCUUGCGAACUGGAGCUUUUGAACCUGCAACUGCAACCGUCAACCCCCAGGACCUCACUGGGUCAUGUAAGUAUCAUGUAAACUUUGUUAUAGUAUGCCUUCUAGCGUCCAAAGGAGGCUUUUUUUUCUCGUAUGAUUAAAAUAGUGUUUACAUUUUAUAAACUUCUGUGUUCCCAGUGGAGGAGCUGAAGGAGAGAGCUUUGCAGCGCUACAACAAAGUCCGGGUACGUACUGUUUAAGGUUUGAAUUGAUGUUAUACAGCUUGUAUUUAUCUUUUGGAUCGGUCGCUUUACUCUUGUUUUCAUUUGCCACAGGGUCAGGCUCCAGAGCGUUUGGUGUCUGGCUCAGAUGAUUUCACUUUGUUCCUGUGGAAUCCAGCAGAAGACAAGAAGCCUCUAGCCAGGAUGACGGGCCACAGCGCUCUGGUCAAUGAGGUGCUGUUCUCUCCUGACACACGACUCCUUGCCUCUGCUUCAUUCGAUAAAUCCAUCAAAAUCUGGGACGGACGCACUGGAAAGUAAGAGAAUACUGCAGCAAAGCUCUUCAGCUGAUCUGGUAGAUUAAGAAUCAGUCCAUGUGUAAUACUGCUGUCAUCCAGGUGAUGGCGCAGCAGACAUUCACAUUGGGUCCGUUUCACGUAGGUGGUUCAACAAACUCUGAGUCAAAUCAUUAACUCUGAGUUGAUCUACUCUGAGAUAGGAAACUCUGAGUUUCCGGUUUCACAACACCUGAUUUGAGUCAGUUUUAGUAACUCCAAGUAGUUUGACCUGGAGUUAAGCACGUGCACGCCAGACAUAAACAGCCAGCAUCUGUGGAGCCCAGAUUCAUUGAUCAACCAAUGGAAACAGGGAGAAGGAGGGGGCAGCAGCAAGCCAACGGCGAAUUACAGCACGUUUUUAAAAGAAAGUGCAAUACAGCAGCAGCUGCAAAGGAGAGGGAGAGGGCAUGGGAGGAAAUUGCUGCUCGCGUCAAUGCGUAACUUUAAAUCUAGUCUUGUGCAAUCACAAUGACAGACUAUUGCAGGGGAAACUGCUUGCAUGGAGCAAAUUAAUUUAUUUUAUGUAGGUGCAAUCCAGCGGGACAAAAACGCACUUGGCAGCAGCUGAAAAUUAAAUAUAAAAACAUUGUGCAAACAGGUGAGACAUCGGCAUUUUCUCAUUUUGAUCAUGUUUUACAUUGUCAAGUAAGUAUUAAGUGGCAGUUUGAUCCCUUAAAAAUGCUCUUUUCACACUCAAAAAUGAGUUUUACUCUGUUAUGAUGUUCUGUUAAAUGAUAAGGAAUAUUAAACUAACACAGACUUUCACUCAGCAAACAGAAAGAGGGCAGAUGCCAGAAAAACGGGUUUAACGGAGGCAGAGGUGCCCCCCCCCCCCCCCCCACACACACACACACACACACACACCAGUCCGACGACGAUCGCUGGGGGGGGGGCUACUCCACCUCCGUUAAAGGUGGGGCUGCUGGCCCAUCACCCGUUUUCUGGCAUCUGCCCUCUUUCUGUUUGCUGAGUCAAAGUCUGUGUUAGUUUAAUAUUCCUAAUCAUUUAACGGAACACAAUAAGAGAGUAAAACUCAUUUUUGAGUGUGAAAAGAGCAUUUUUUAAGGGAUCAAACUGCCACUUAAUACUUCCUUGACAAUGUAAAACAUGAUCAAAAUUAGAAAAUGCCGAUGUCUCACCUGAAACUCUGGGUUUACUGAGUUAAACCUGCUCCCGAGCAGGUUAGGUUCACGGAGUCUGUUACUAUGGUAACUGACCGCGAGGUUGAGUUACCUCUCUUUGUGAAACAGGUUAGAGUUACCCCUCUCUCUCUGGUUUAACUGACCCUCCUUUGUGAAACGGAAAACUCAGAGUUUCCCUGAUUUCAGGGUUAACAGACUCUGAGUUUCCAUUAAACCUGCUACGUGAAACGGACCCAUUGUGUAUUCAUGUCUGCCUGCUUUUCCUCUCUUGAAUAGGUACCUGAUGUCCCUGCGUGGACAUGUGGGGUCUGUGUAUCAGGUGGCAUGGUCUGCGGACAGUAGACUGCUGGUCAGUGGCAGCAGCGACAGCACACUGAAAGUUUGGGACAUGAAGACGGGAAAGCUGAACAUGGAUCUGCCGGGCCACGCUGAUGAGGUGAGAGAGGGAAACUGCUUCUGCUGCCUGAUAGUCCCUUUUUUCUCUACCAGUGUCUAUAAAUAACUAGCUUGCUGUGUUUCUAGGUCUAUGCAGUGGACUGGAGUCCAGACGGACAAAGAGUGGCCAGUGGCGGGAAAGACAAAUGUCUCAGGAUGUGAGUCAAGAGUAAAAAAAAAAGCAUCUUUACCCAACAUUAAAAAAAGGUUCUACACAGGUGAACUGAAUUCUUAGUGUUUCCUCACACCUUACUAUUUGAUGUUGUGUUAUAUUUACAGAUGGAGAAGGUAACCUCACCUGUGCUCCCUGACCUGACUUUUGCUGAGGACUUCAAAUCCUCUACCUUUGAGAGACCUGACAGCUGGAGGAAAGGUGGCUAGACUGAACCUAAUCCUAUAUUUGGCUGUGAUACCCAUGGUUCAAGGAACUACGUGUGGUCAUAAUGCCAUUGGUUUGAAAACCCUUCCAAUAUUGACAGUGUAAAUCAGUAAAGGCUUCUUUUUACUGAGCUGAAGUUUUCACCAACACAAAGGACAGUGUCAUGUAUAUGACAUAAGCCUGCAUGAAUACACAUGGGCCUAGACCUUAGGCCGUGUCCAUAGUUAUACUGAAGUUUCAAACAAUAUAUCCAUAUACUUUAUGGAAGUACAUUAAAACUAGAAUAUUUAAAUGACUGCCUACAUAAUACUGUCUAAAUUACUAAAACCAGAUCCAACCAGCAUUGGAAUGAUGCAUUUCCCAGCAUCCUCUGCUUCGCCCUAAGCCUUAGGUUGUUAGAUGAAUGGCAGACUGUUGGUGACAGGUGCACCUAGGAGGUCAACAGGUGGGCACACUAAUACCUUUCCUCAGUGAUGUCUGUGUUGACCUCGCUCGCCCUGCAACUUCAGCUUUUAAUCUGCUUGUUCCUAUCAGCAGAAGCCUCUGACGGCCAGUUUGUUUUUUCAGCACACGCUGAAGCCGAACGUCAACAACCCUGAGCUGUUGACGUCUUCUCUAAUCAAAAUAAGCAGUUCUGAAUUCCUGUAUAUACCUGGCUUUGUAAAUAUUUAUUCUGAAUAAAUACUUACAUUACUGUUUUAACCAAAAACUGUACAAUGACAUUUAUUUAUCUAGCAGGUCUUAGUUAUUAAUUUUUGAUUGCUUGGCAGACGAUUGCAUAUCCCUGAGCUGAUGGUUUAAAAUCUUGACUGUAUGGUUGGUAAUGACAAAUAUAUAUUUCCAACAAAUAUAUAUGUAUACAAAUACAAAUUUUAUAUAAAUAUAUAUUUUUUGUAAUCAGAAAUUAGGCUCCUAUAAAAAAAUUAUACAAACUCUAA